AUGGCCUCGCGCGGACCUGACUUCGCCAACAUAGAUGAUCGCUCACUAGAGCGAACCAUCGACGAGAAAGGUGCCCUCCCGGCCACUGUUCACGAUAUGGCAGAAAAGGUGCACGAUCUUACUGAGAAAUUAGUGGAUAGUCACGGUGACAUGGCACCAAUCCAAGACAUUGACUACGUGAUGGACAAGAUCAGCACUUUGACAAUUGACGAGUGCAAAGAUAUCAUCCAAAACCUUCUCAUGUACCAUGAGUAUGACUAUAAUUUCUCCAACGUUCUGCGAGAGAAGCUCGCCUCCUUGAUGGAAGGGCCAUCUGAGGGACAAAACAUUGAAGAAUGGGAGCUACAGAUGAAGACAGAGACAGCUUUGAAUCGCUUUUACUCGCCGUACCCUGAGGUGCGCGCCGUUUCUACACCGACGGACGAUCCCACUAUUCCCUGCGAGACAAUUCGCGCCCACCUCCUUGGCUAUAUGUGGGCCAUUAUCGCCCAAUUCACCAAUUCCUUGUUUAAUUCGCGCUAUCCCUCCAUCACUCUAGGAUCUGCCGUGGCACAAAUCCUGCUUUAUCCAUGUGGAUUGUUCCUUGCAUGGGUUCUGCCAGACUGGGGCUUCAUGAUAGGCGGCAAGAGAGUUUCUCUCAAUCCUGGUCCCUGGACGUACAAAGAACAGAUGCUUUCCACCAUCAUCAUCGAUGUUGGUCUAACUUCUGCCUAUUGCUUCUGGAACAUCCAGACCCAGACCGUCUACUACCAGGACAAAUGGCUUACCCCGGGCUACAGUAUUCUGCUCUUGCUGUCUACCCAGCUCCUGGGUCUUGGGUUUUCCGGUCUGCUCCGCCGCUUCGUGGUCUACCCAGUCGAAGCAUUGUGGCCCAACAUCUUGCCCACUUUGGCCCUGAACAGAGCGCUACUGGUGCCUGAGAAGAAGGAAAUGAUUUAUGGCUGGAGUAUGUCGCGAUAUAAGUUUUUCUUCGUCGUUUUUACCGCCAUGUUCGUCUACUUCUGGCUUCCAGAUUUUAUUUUCCAAGCCCUGAGCUACUUCGCCUGGAUGACGUGGAUCGCACCCAACAACUUCAACCUGAAUAUGAUCACAGGUUCCUUGAACGGCCUUGGGUUCAAUCCCAUCUCGUCAUUCGAUUGGAAUGUAAUCUCCGUGUAUUCAUAUCCGCUCACAUAUCCGUUCUUCGCAUACACCCAGCAGUUCCUGGGCACGCUCCUAGCUGGUUUUAUCAUCAUCGCCUUGUACUGGUCCAACACCAACUGGUCAGCGUAUCUUCCUCCGAACUCGUCUGGGAUUUUCGACAACACCGGAGCCUCUUAUAACAUUACGAGGGUGAUGAAUAAAGGUACUCUCAAUGAGGAAGCCUACAAGGCAUACUCUCCCGCUUUCUACAGUGCUGGAAAUCUUGUCGUAUAUGGUGCAUUCUUUGCCUUCUACCCGCUUACGAUGGUGUUCAUCAUUCUGGAUGCUUGGCGACCACUUCUCAGAGCUUACAAGUCAAUGACGCGGGCCGCUGUCUCAUCCAUUAGGAGCCUCAUUAUCGGUGUCAAGAAUGCAACCGCUUGCCUUGCCAGGGGCAAUGUCCGUGAAGCUAGUCGACACUUGUAUAACAUCUUGAAUGAUGAUACCUCAAUCUACGACGAGUUCGAUGAUCCCUUUACCAAGCUGAUGCGCAAUUAUCCUGAAGUUCCUGACUGGUGGUUCUUGAUGAUCUCUCUGAUCGCGUUCAUCUUCGCGAUCAUUAUUGUGACUCACUGGCCACAGCUCGGAGCACCUGUCUGGACCGUCUUUUUCGUAAUUGGGCUCAAUUUGGUAUUCCUUAUCCCCAUGUCGUACCUCUACGCAAUCUCGGGUACCACGGAAGGGUUGAACGUUGUCACGGAGCUGAUUGUGGGUUACGCUUUGCCUGGACACCCCGAGGCACUGAUGUUCGUGAAGGCUUUCGGAUACAAUAUCAACGGCCAAGCAGAUAACUACAUUUCGGACCAGAAGAUGGGUUUCUAUGCCAAGGUGCCCCCUCGAGCCAUGUACCGCGGUCAAGUACUGAGCGCUAUCAUCACGGCCCUUGUCGCCUAUGCAGUUGUGCAAUUCGCCGACACUCAGAUUCCGGGCAUUUGUACCCCGGGCCAGGCUUCCAAUUUCAACUGCGAAAACGGCUCACAAAUUUACUUCUCAUCAUCGGUCGUUUGGGGUGCUAUCGGUCCAAAGAGAAUCUUUGACCAGAUCUAUCCAACUAUGAAAUACACUUUCCUGCUGGGAUUCCUCCUUGCGAUCGUGUGGUGGACCGCCAAGCGUUUUGGAUCCAAUUUCCGCGAGGUGUGCAAGUCUAUGUUGCCUGCCGCUAUUUUCAAGCCGAUCAAUAUGUUGGUUUUCACACCAAUGUCGUGGCUCAAGCACGUCCAUCCAUCGCUCAUCUUCAACGGAAUGCUUUUCUGGGCACCCCUCAAUCUCACUUAUUACACCGGUGGUCUGUACUGCUCCUUCGUUUUUAUGUACUACCUAAGAAGGUACAAGACCACGUGGUGGGAAAAGUAUAACUAUGUCCUCUCGGCCGCACUCACCGGUGGCGUCGCGUUCUCAGGCAUCAUCAUCUUCUUCGCGGUGCAGUAUCAUCAGAAAUCGAUCAGCUGGUGGGGCAAUAACGUGCUUGGGGAGACGAUUGACGGCGGGGCUGGCCAGGAGGCUUUGUUUCCCAACCUGCCUGCGAAGGGAUACUUCGGCCCCGACACGUGGUCCUAG